AUGUCGACUGACGAUACCAGCACCACGACAAAUCCCGUUUCUAGCGUAAAAUCAGAAUUUUCUUCUGAUCCACGUAUGCAUUUUAUUGAAGAAACAGGAAAAUGGACAUAUACAGACGACGACGGAGUUCCAUACGAAUACGAUGAAGCACAAGGGGCUUGGUUUCCUAUGUUUAAUGAGCAAUUGAUUGAAGCUCAACAGUCGGCCUAUUCCGUGCCUGGAGUGGACGAAGCUGCUCCGGUAAUUCGAGAGAAACGCAACAAACGCAAAAACGUCUACACCAUGGACGACCCAGAUAAUAAUUCAGGAAAAAGACAAAAGCACAAUCAUCAACAGCAGCAAAGGAAGCCUACCAAUACAUCGGUUUACGUCACCAACCUACCUAGCGAUGUCACAGUUGAGGAGUUGACAGAAGUAUUCUCUAAAUGUGGUCUAUUAAUGGAAGAUUUUGUCAACGGCGGACCAAGGAUCAAACUUUACAAAGACGAUAAGAAUAACCUCAAAGGAGACGCUUUGAUCACUUACUUGAAAGAAGAAUCCGUCACUUUAGCGUGUCAGUUGCUAGAUGAUACUGACCUACGACCUGGCAAAGAGUCCAAGCUUCGUGUCCAGAUGGCAGAAUUCAAGUCCAAAGAGUCGAAGCCAUCUGAUAACCAAAAUGAUCGAAAGAAUAACAAACCGGACAAAAAGAUAGUGCAGAAGGCACGUCAAAAACUCGAAAAAAAACUCGAUUGGUUUGACGAAGAAACUGGUAAAAAGGCCGAGCGUUACAGCAAAAUCGUCAUACUAAAGCAUAUGUUUACGCUUGAAGAAAUAGAGAAAGAUGUAGGUCUAAUUCUGGAUCUCAAAGAAGACAUCCGAUCAGAAUGUGAAAAGUUGGGCGAAGUCACAAAUGUAGUCCUGUACGACAAAGAACCUGAAGGUGUUGUUUCGAUCAGGUUUAAGGAACCGCUUAGUGCUGAAGCCUGUAUUCUAAAAAUGAAUGGUCGCUUCUUUGGUGGUCGUCGUGUAGAAGCAGGGCUUUAUGAUGGCAAGCGCAGAUUCCAAAAAUCAGGCUCAAAGGCAGAUGAAACUGAGGAAGAAGAGUCUGCGAGAUUAGAAAAGUAUGCUAAAUGGUUGGAAACAGGCGGUGACGAAUAG